GUGUGGUUAGGACCAAAAAAAAAGUGCGGACAUGUUACAAGACAAGACGAGCUAGCUUUUAGCCGGAGCGGGCACGACCGGAGAGGAUUUGUGGGCUGCACGUGGAACGAAGCAAGCGUCGUUUUAAAAAAACCACAAAGCGGUUGAGCGCACUCUUGGAACCAGCUGGUCCCGCCCGUUGUCCGGGAUGAGUGCCAAAGCAGCCAUCCACAAGGAGGUCUUCGUACCCCACGGUGAGAAGAUGCUGGCGGCCGUGCAGGUAAAGCGCAAGACCAAGAAGAAGAUCCCAUUUCUGGCGACUGGCGGCCAGGGGGACUACUUGACCUUCAUCUGCCUCUCAGUCACAAAUAAGAAACCAGCGCUCCUCACCAUCACUAAGGUGAAGAAGUUCCAGGGAUCGCCUGCGUUUGUAAAACGGUCACAGUGGGCAAUCGACCAGCUACGGCAGGUCAACGGCAUCGACUCCAACAAAGACUCUCCAGAGUUCGACCUGACGUUCGACACCGCCUAUGACCAGUGGGUCGCUGGUUCUGCGGGAGAAAAGUGCACCUUUGUCCAGAUUCUUCACCACACCUGCCAGCGUUACAUCCCCUCUCGGAAACCAGAGUUUGUCAACUGUCAGUCCAAACUGCUAGGAGGUAACAGUAUACUGCACUCAGCCGCCGACAGCGUGACGAGCGCCGUACAGAAGGCGAGUCAGGCUCUGAACGAGCGAGGUGAGCGAUUGGGCCGGGCCGAGGAGAGGACUGCCGACAUGAUGAACAGCGCCGAACAGUUUGCUGUCACAGCACACAAGCUUGCCAUGAAGCACAAGUGUUAAAACAACCACUGCCAAAACCAACAGUGGGCUCGGAAUGGGUGGGAUGAGUGUCCGCCAGUUGCUCAUCGCUGUGCCGAAAAUGCGGACUCCGAUUUUUUUUUUUUUUUUGGUGUUUUUUUUUUUUUUUAAAAAGACAUUGUAACAUUUGUGUAAUUGCUUUGUGUGACGGGAGGAGGAAACUGUCGACUUGGGACCACUUGAUGAAAGUCUGUCAAUAACGUUCUUGUCACGCUGACAAGCUGGACCGUUUUUUUUAUCGCCGUUUGUUUGUCGCUUUAUGCACAUGGCAGCGAUCACGCGCUUUUAAUCCGGGAAACAUUUCCUGCACAGCUAUCACAAUGUCCAUAGUGUACUAUGAAUUGUUGGGGACGUCUCACUUUGUCAGGGUUUCUCAAACAUCCCUGAGAACCACACUAAAAAUACACAGCGUUCGAUGCCCACGUUGCGUUUUUACCCACAAAAACUGUGCUUUAAGUUAUGCUUUCGUCCAUGAUUUCCUAAUAUAUACAAGAUAAGUACUGUAUUAACCUAAAUAUAUGAAAAUAUAUCGCUCGUCGUGUAUUCAGUGUGUUCAGGUUCCUACAUGCGCCAAACGACUUCCCGAGCGAGUGAGAGCCUUUCUUCCUGUCACUCACACACGCCAGUGGCAUGGAGAGCCACACUCAAAAAGAGGGGGAAAAAAAAAAAAGUUCCUGAAAACACGAUUUUUAUCUUUCAUUUGUAUUUCUUUCUUUUUUUUUUUUUUACCAUAAAAUCUAUCGUUUUCGUUUUUUCAGUGUAUUAUGGUAAACAGAAAAACUUAUUUUUUACAGGAAAAUUCUUGCAGCUGUUAACUGUAAAAUCUAUAAUGUUUUUUUUCCAGUGCAUUACUGUAAAGGGAAAACCAUACCACUGUUUGUUUGUUUUUUUUACAGUAAAAUCCCCCCCUUAAAUUUAAGGCACGGUAGUAACAAUACUUUUACGGUAUUUUUAGGGUAAAGUUCUGGCGACUGAGCUGCCGUUUAUUAAAAAUCUACAAAUAUUUAUUUUUACAGUGCAUUACAGUAAUUCCAACAUUUUUCUUCCCCCCAAAACAUGGCGUUGUCUUAUAUUCAGGGUCGCCUUUAUAUUUGGUUUAAUAAUAUAUAGUUCAAUAACCACAAAUGAGAGUGAAAACAUUUAUAUACAGGUAAA